AUGAUUGUUAGUGGUCAAGCAGGACGAGAAAUAGUUCCUUCUAUUCAUAAACUUCAACAAGUUGUAUCAAUCUAUGUAUACUGCAUGGAUAAGAACAAGCACGAACAAUGGGCUCGUACAUUUGCAAAAGUAAAAGCUGUUGUUGUUAAACUUGAUGAACUCAUUUUUCGAAUUGGAGCUGAUCAUAGAAUUCAGAAAACAGUAGAAGAACCUUUGUCAAUUAAUAUUUUUACUACAAGUACUGGUGCAGGUACAUCAACAAUGGGUGUUAAUGGUCAAUUUGUUUAUACUCAACUCCUGAUUGAGUGUCUUCUCCGAUUAAAAUAUAUUGAAGCAGAUAAACAAGAACUUAUUCAUCUUUGUAAACAGAAAUAUGAAAAUGACAUUGCUGAAUUACACAAUCUUCAUGAUUUUGAAAAGAAUUAUUCACCAAACAAAGCUCUAUGGUGGUACACAAGAGAAUCAUUCUUUUACAAGACUCUUAAUACAGCUCUGCGCACGCAAGAUAUUCAUUUAAUUUUUUUAUUUCGUGUAUUUAUCUUCAAUCUUUAUAAUCAAUUGAAAAAGUAUCAAGCUGGAAAUACGCUACGAGUUUAUCGAAGCCAGAUGAUGUCAAGUGAU